UUGUCAGAGCAUCACUGUUUUCCAGUUCAUCGCUAUUUUCGCAACAUCUCAGUAAUUUUGCAACGCCGUAAACUUUCAGAAAUGGAAGAUAUAACCUUUGGUGCAGGGCAUCCUGGGAACGAGGAAGAAAUGGAAGAACCAAGCUGUGGUGCAUGGCAUCCUGGGAACUAUGAAGAAGACACAGAAAGGCAGCAGGACGAGGGACAGGAAAUUCUGUGGGAGGAAUUCCAAGGUACGGCUUCCAACCAGUCUGAGGAGAGAGGAGCCACACCGCAGGUACAUGUACAGCCCCAUACAGGCCAGACGGUAGCCUUGUUAGUAACAGUUGGCACUGGAGCAGUCAUUGGGGAGCAGAGUGACUCUGCCAUGGCUGGCGUCCAGGCUAGGAAGACAGAGGGGCACGAUGCGGCACAUGAGGAGAGAGGAGCCACACCACAGGCACAUGUACCUGUAGAUAAGGGUUCUUUACACAAGACGACAGAGAAGUCGUAUAGUUGCGAGGAGUGCGCCUUUUCUUCGCAAUCUAGAGCAAGUUUAAAGAAACACAAGGCUAAGCACACAAAACCCUUCAAAUGUGGAGAGUGCGGAUACAGGACGGUAAGUAUGGCUAACCUGUCCAACCAUAUGAAAAGACAUACAGGUGAGAAUCCCUACAAAUGUGACCAGUGCGACUUUUCUUCUGCGUGGAAAGAGAGUUUAGCCCUACACAUUUCACGACAUACUGGCGAGAAACCUUUCAUGUGUGGAGAGUGCGAAUUCAGGACGGCUGCUAAAUAUGAGCUAGUCAGACAUAUGAGAAAACAUACAGGUGAGAAACCUCACAAAUGUGACCAGUGUAAUUAUGCCUCUGCAAGAAAGUAUAGUCUAACGAAACACAUGUUGAAACAUGGUGGUGAGAAACCCUUUCUGUGUGAAGAGUGCGGGUUCAAGACAAUUUACAGUUCUAAUCUAUCGAUGCAUAUGAAAAGACAUACAGAUGGGAAAUCCUAUGAAUGCGACCAGUGCGACUUUUCUUCUGCUUGGAGAGAGAGUUUAGCCCGACACUUGUUAGUACACGCUGGAAACAAAUCCUACAAGUGUGGAGAGUGCGAGUACAAGACGGCUGUGAAAAAUAACCUCACCAAGCAUUUGAGAAAACAUACAGGCGAGAAGCCACACAAAUGUGAUCAGUGCGACUGUGCCUUUGCACAGAAGGGACAUCUAAAGAGACACAUGUUGAAACAUGGUGGUGAAACACCCUUUUUGUGUGAAGAGUGCGGGUUCAAGACAAUUUAUAGUUCUAAUCUAUCCAUGCAUAUGAAAAGACAUACAGAUAGGAAAUCCUAUGAAUGCGACCAGUGCGACUUUUCCUCUGCGUGGAGAGAGAGUUUAGCCCGGCACAGGUUAGUACACGCUGGAAACAAAUCCUACAAGUGUGGAGAGUGCGAGUACAAGACGGCGGUGAAAAAUAACCUCACCAAGCAUUUGAGAACCCACACAGGUGAGAAACCUCACAAAUGUGAUCAGUGCGAGCACAGGACAGCUACUAAAGCUAACCUUGCCAUGCAUAUGAGAAAACAUACAGGUGAGAAACCCUAUAAAUGUGAUCAGUGUGACUAUUCCUCUGCUCGGAAGGGUGAUCUAAAGAAACACAUGUUUAGACAUCAUGGUGAGAAGCACUACAAUUGUGAUCAGUGCGACUAUUCGACUGCAUGGAAAGCGAGUUUAGUCUUACACAUGUCUCAACAUACGAGUGAGAAACCCUGUAAAUACAUGUGUGAGAAAUGUGGAUACAUGACUGGUUGCAGGACUGACCUAUCAAGCCACAUGAAGAAACAUACAGCACGCAUUACCGGCGAAAAGCACACAGGUGACAAACGCUUCAUGUGCGAGGUGUGCGGGUUCAGGACAGUUAAGAAAUCUGACUUCACUGUACACCAAAGAAAACACACCGGUGAGAAACCCUACAAAUGUGGCCAGUGCGACUAUUCUGCUGCACGAAAAAGUCAUGUCGACGAACACAUGACGACGCACACAGGUGAGAAACCCUACAUGUGUGAGGAGUGCGGUUACGGAACAGUUAGCAAGUCUCAACUAACUGCACACCUAAGAAAACACACCGGGGAGAAGCCCUACAAAUGUGACAUAUGCAACUAUUCUGCUGCACGGAAACGAAGUUUAGCUGCUCACAUGGCAACGCACACAGGCUAGAAACCCUUUUUGUAUUUGCGGAGUGUGGUUAUGGAACAAUGAACAAGUCUCACUUAACUGCACAUUUAAGGAAACAUACCGGUGAGAAACCUUAGAAAUGUGGCCUAUGCUACUAUUCUGUUGCACAGAAAGAGUAUGUGACCCAACAGGUAACAAGGCAUUUAAGUUGUCUCAUUUAACUGUACACCAAAGAAAACAUACCAGCGAGUAACCCCAUACAUGUGACUAUUCAGCUGCAUACGCCAACAGUCUAAAACUGUAAAAGAAAAUAGAAAGACAAGGUUAGUUAAUUCCUGGGGGGAUUGUGGGUACAGAACUGCCGUCAGAUCUACCCUAACCUUACGAGACAGCAACCAGUCGCCUGUAACCUAUGUCACCCCCCGUCUCUGUUCAACUGGACAGUUCGAUGUAAAUGGCCUUAUCCACUCACAAGUCCCAUCUAUUGUAUAUAGUGUUGGUUAGGCCAUGAUUUUACAAUAUGGCAGACAUCCGAGCGCGUUGUUUUGGCACUGCAGAACGGUUGUUAGGUCCUUCUUAAUCGCACAUAAA